UCUAUGACAUCACAUGUGAUACUCGAGAGACUGUUUCAAUGAAUCGGUUGUCUCUCACAGACUCGCACUCACUGUUAGCUGAUCCGCCCAUUCAUCCGACCAUCACUUCACACCAAACCAUUGUCUGAGCGCAAGGUAUGUGCGAUUCAGUCGUCGGCAUCUCAUCCCACAUGUCAUCGCCGGCUAAAGACGUGAGCGCAUCGUUGGCUGCCAUCUCAUCACUGGUGACCAGUCUAUUGCCCGACCAAUCACUACAAGCGCCACAAUUGGAUCUCUUGAUUACGCGUCUCAUUCAUCUGCAGUCCAUCGCCCACUACAACAACACCAACAGCACGGGUGGCGCCGGUAUGAGUGGUGCGGACACCAGUGUCCAGACAUGUGCUGAUGAGAGCGAUGUUAGGCGUGAAAGGCAUCGACGCAACGAACGCGUUCGUCACCAUAAGAUCAUUGAACUGAUCCGAGAGUUGAGUCAAAUGAUUGGACUCAAUGGGCAACAGGAGACUCAUGCCAAUGUGCUGCAGAAGUCGGCGCGUUAUGUGUUGUUCUUAUCGUACGUUAUGGACAAACUGGAGGUCGACAGCACUGAUGACACGGUUGACAUCAUGUCCGAGCAAUGGCUGCAAUCACUGCAUCCCUUAUACCUAAGAGCCGUCGAAGAGGCCACGUAUUUGAUCCAAAACGCCGCUAACGACAGCUGCGGGUCGACCACUGGCGCCGACUUAUGGGACCAAUCCUUCGAUCAAUGUUUACCAUUAAAGAGCUGA